AUGCCACACCUCGGGAAGGUGCUAGAAUUCGACGAGGCCUCUCAGAGUUUCGAGACCUACGUUGAGCGUUUCGAGCUUUUUGUCGCUGCGAACAGCAUCAAAGAAGAGAAAAAGGCAGUAACAUUCCUAACAGUCAUCGGCGAUCGAACAUACGAAGUCCUCAUAAACCUAGCAGCCCCAGACUUGCCAGGCUCUAAGACGUACAGCGAGAUAAAGACUCUAUUAGAGGAGCACUACGGCCCGCAACGGUCCGUAAUAGCCGAACGCUGUAGGUUCAACCGACGGAGUCGGCUAGAACAUGAAUCCGUGGAGGAUUUCAUUUUGGCCCUGAAGAGUUUGUCUCGAUUUUGCAAUUUUGGAACAUUUUUGCAAAGUGCUCUCAGGGACAAGCUGGUAGCUGGCCUGAGGGACGAAAAAACUCAGAAGGAACUGUUUGCGUUUGCUGAAGAAAAGCUAACUUUCGCAGUCGCUUGCAAGAUAGCGCGGGAAAAAGAAGCAGCAGCAAAACAAACGGCGGACAUGCACAAAGAAUCCAAAGCAGUGAACGCUAUUCAUAAAAAGGUGUCACCUCCUGAGAACAGAGGUCAUGGGAGAAGCACGUCUCAUGAUCAUGGGUCCAGUACUUCGCUAACAAGUUGCUAUCGUUGCGGAAAUGAGCAUGAACCCCGCGAUUGUCGUUUUAAAACGUAUCGCUGCAAGAUCUGCUACAAGACUGGACAUCUCCGGAAGAUGUGUCGCAACACGCCUGGAAAGACUCCAGAGCGCAACGUUCAAAUCCUUGAGGAGUCUGAUGAUGAGGAUGAAGACCUACUGACCGUGUACACGUGUAUGAAAUCUUCACCGAGAUUUCAAGUUUUCGUAGAGGUGGACAGAGUUCCUCUACUCAUGUUGAUCGACACGGGAGCGGCGGUCUCUAUCAUACCAGAAGAAGUUUUUAUUAAACACUUUCCCCAGAAAGAGCUCCUGGAAACCAAAGUAGCUCUUCGCACUUACUCCGGUGAGCGGCUGUCGGUAAAAGGGAAGAUCUCAGUAAAAGUCCAAUAUAACGGGCAAGAGGAAACACUCGACUUGUUUGUAGUAGCUAGCGAAGGUCGAAGUCCACCAGUGCUCCUAGGUCGCGACUGGCUCCGGAAGCUGAAGCUGGACUGGACGGCUAUCUGCAGCAUCACUGUUCAAGACCAAGUGGAACAGCUUCGAAAGAAGUAUCCGAACGUCUUCGACAGUUCCCCUGUCAUGGUACGCGAUUAUCAGGCACAGGUUGUCAUCAAAGAAAACAGCACUCCAGUCUUUUGCAAGGCACGUCCUGUUCCUCUGCCCCUCAAGGAAGCGGUGACAGCACAACUGCGAAAGCUUGAAAAAGAUGGCAUAUUGCGUCACGUUUCUCAAAGCGACUGGGCCACUCCUUUAGUUGUGAAACACGCCAUCAACGGUGACAAAACUAUCUCCAUCAGAACUCUUUCUGAAGAGGCAACCACGAAUUCAACUCUCGUUGUUGAGGCCCAACUUUACUGGUGA